GUUGAAUUUCAUUUUGUAUGCAUGAAUGUGAACCACAAUGAUAUGACCGACAACUCUACAAUCAUAUUUUGUUAUAUUCUAUGAUGUAAUAAGUCUUUGUGGUCUUUGUGGUUCUUUUGUGGAGGACAAUAUUUUUAGGACAGCAUCUCUAGGAAUCUUAGAGGACAACAUCUCUAGGACAUCUUAGACUAGCAUCUUAGCAUAUGCUUGGCUACCCUUGGCUGCUAUAAGUAUGUUACCCCAACCCCUGAGGUUGGGUUGGCAUUGAGUAAGACUUAAACCAGAAAAUUGCCCCAACUUUUAGUGUCAUCCUCUCGAUUAGAGUAAGAGUUCCGCUACUUGCAUUCUACACAUUAGUUCUUAGUAUUGUAUAACCAUGUGCAUGCGUUACCUAAUCCACUCAAUCUAUGAAAAGUAAUAAUAUAUGGAUUGGACCCAUAAGACCCAUGGGUUGGCAUGCUGCCAUUGUAGCCCGACAGGAAGAGCUUAGGAGGCGCAUGCUCCUGCUCCUCCACAAUCGCGUGAUUGUAUGCUAACUUAGAAGCGGCGGUUAUAACUCAAUAGUAUUGGCAGGCAAGCGAAUGAAUGUGCAUGGACACAUGCAUGUAUGUUCGUUCCUUCGAGUAGUUGCUGUCAGGAUUGGUAGGCAGCAGUUAUGUGGGCUCGCUGGGGUGAUUUCUUUCGUCGUAAGGAGGCGGUGACAGAAGCAAAUUAGUGGAUUUGACGGAGAAGAGAAUAUGAUUUCUGUUAGCAGUCUUGACUGCGCCAUGCAGGCAGUCCCUACAGGCUGGCGCCAUCUCUGUCCCUAUCAGCCACAUAAGGACAGCCAUCUGCUGAUUGGUUCUGAUUAGGACAGCUAGAGAUAUGUAGAGAUAUGAGGGGAUCCUGAUUGGUUAUGUUUCUAUAGCUAGAGAUGUGAGGAGAUCAUGAUUGGUUCUGUUUCCAUAAACCACACAGAUCUCCUCCCUAUAUAUAUGUAACCUUUAACCCUCAUAUCAUCAAUCAAUAUUCAGCAGUUCAUCUGCUUUCAUGGUAUCACGAGUCUAGGUUCAUUUCUACUCACCUUCCGCUGUCUAGCGCGCUCACCCGACGCUGCUACGGCUGCUGCUCCUGCGCGCCGUCCAUGGCUAGCCACCAGCCCCCUUCUCCCAGAGUCGACGACGCUGCUGCGGCAGAGGCUGCUCUGCGCGCGCAGCAGGAGAGGGCUGCUCGUCUUCAAACUCGCGAGCUCGCCCUUGCGCGUGCCCGCGAUGCUGAACGCGAGGCGGCUGAGGCCACCAAGGAGCGCGACGCGGCCGCCGCCCGCAUCCGCGACGCUCUUGCCCGGGCCGCCCAGGCCCGCGCCUCUGCUGAUCCUUUGGACGAGGAGGUCAACAACGACGACGCCUCCACCAUUCGUGACGACGCUCCUGACGCUCGCACGCGUGAAGCUCUUCUCCUUCAUGAAGCCGCUGCGCUCAUCAAUCUGCACGCUCAGGCGGUUGCAGUUCAGAACAUCAGGGCUAUCAUUCCCGUCCUCCUCGACGUGUCGUCCACCCUCUACACCCGGUGGCGCGACGCCUUCCUGCUCGCCGUCGGCAAGUACUCCCUGGAAGGCCACGUUCUCACCGACGACUACGCACCCUUCUCUCCAGAUUGGGUGCGGAUGGAUUGCGUCGUCAAGUCUUGGAUCGUCGGCACCAUCACCACCGAGCUAGCCGACGCCGUUCUCAUUCGCGACGUCUCCGCCCGCGCCGCGUGGCUCGCCAUAGAAUCCCAGUUCCUCGGGAACCGGGAGACUCGAGCUCUCUUCCUCGACGCGGAGUUUCGCAACUUCCGCCAAGGCGAUCUCUCCAUCACCGACUACUGUCGCAAGUUCAAAGGGAUGGCCGAUGCCCUCGGUGAUCUUGGUGAGCCCGUUCCCGACCGCACUCUCGUCCUCAACGUCAUCCGCGGCCUCAACGAACGUUUCAGCAGCAUCGGUCUUCAUCUUCGACGCGGGCGGCCUCUUCCUACCUUCUUGGAGGUACAAAACGAUCUUCUCCUCGAGUAACUUACCUUGGCACAUCACUCCUCGACAUCGGCCACCGCUCUGCUCGCCUCCGGACCACCUAAGGCGUCGCCGAACAACUCCAAGCCGAAGCAGCAGCCGCACCAGCAGUCACGGGGCAAACGUGCUGGGAAGAAGGGCGGGCGUUCGCAGCCAAACGGCGCAGCUCCCGGUGGCUUCUUCUCCGGCCCCUCUGUUGGUGGACAGUGGCCGUCCCCUGUCCGUGGACAGUGGCCGUCCCCCCACAAUCCGUGGUCCGGGUCCAUCCACAUGUGGCCCGGCCCGCGGGCUCCAGGCGCUCCUUCGACUCCUCGCCACGAUGCUCAGCAGCAGCCACCCCCGCUGCCCCAGUCCCUACUCGCCGGUGCCCAGGGGCAGUGGUCUGGGAUCCAGCAGCCACUUCCACCAUGGCCUGGGAGCCAGCAACCGCCGCCAUUGACUACCCAGCAGCAGUGGCAAGCUCCACCGCCUGGCUUCUACAGCUCGGGCGCUCCUCUCCCUUCCUGGGAUCAGCAGACGCUCCUCUCCGACUUCAGCACCAUGACACUGCAGCCCCCUCAGCAGCGUGAGUGGUACUUCGACUCGGGCGCCACCACUCACAUGUCCUCUGAUGCUGGUACUCUCUCCCAGUCCACUCCUACGCAGCUUCCUUGCUCUAUUAUUGUCCGCAAUGGUCAUUCCAUUCCUGUUAUUUCUGCUGGUCAUGCUGCUCUUUCCAAUUCCCUUCGUCUUAACAAUGUUCUUGUUGCACCUAAUCUCAUUAAGAAUCUUAUUUCUGUGCGCCAGUUCACUUCUGACAAUAAUUGCUCAGUUGAAUUUGACCCUUUUGGCUGCUCUGUGAAGGAUCUUCUCUCUCAGAAAGAGAUCGUCCGCUGUGACAGCUCCGGUCCUCUCUACCCGCUGCGGCUUUCAACAUCCACCUUUCAUGCUGCUGUUUCACCAUCGCUCUGGCAUCAACGUCUUGGGCAUCCAGGUCGCGAAGUCAUGUCCAAACUAGCACACAUUUCGGGGAUUUCUUGUAAUAAGAAUGCUACUACUGAUACUUUGUGUCAUGCAUGUCAGUUAGGUCGUCAUACUUGUCUUCCUUUUAGUGUGUCAUCAUCCCGUGCCACUAAAAUUUUCCAGUUAAUUCACUGUGACCUAUGGACUUCUCCUGUGUUGAGUAUUUCUGGUUUCAAAUAUUAUCUGGUUAUACUUGAUGAUUACUCACAUUACCUAUGGACUUUCCCCCUACGCCUUAAGUCUGACACAUUUGCCACUCUUACUCAUUUCUUCUCCUAUGUGCAUACUCAGUUUGGCGUCCCCAUUCAAGGUGUUCAGUGCGAUAACGGUCGUGAGUUUGACAACUCUAGUACCCGCGCUUUCUUCCUCACCAAUGGUGUCCAUCUCCGGAUGUCAUGCCCCUAUACUUCGCCUCAGAACGGCAAAGCCGAACGCAUCAUUCGCACCAUUAAUGACGUUGUUCGCUCCCUUCUUUUUCAGGCCAGCAUUCCCCCGUCUUACUGGGCUGAGGCACUCAACACCACUACUCGUCUUCUCAACAUUUUGCCAACCAAGACACUUCGUUUUUCCACCCCUCACCAAGCCCUCUUCGGUACAGCUCCAGUCUAUAAUCAUCUUCGUGUCUUUGGUUGCAAAUGCUAUCCUAACUUGUUAGCCACUUCCCCCCACAAACUUGCUCCUCGUUCUGUUUUGUGUGUCUUCCUUGGUUAUUCUGAUCAUCACAAAGGAUAUCGAUGCCUCGAUAUUCACUCCAACAAGAUCAUCAUAUCUCGGCACGUAGUCUUUGAUGAGACUUCUUUUCCCUUUGCCGAACAGUCAUCCACACCCACUGCCGAGGAUUUCGAGUUUCUCUUAGAUUCUCACCCUGCCGUGCCUGCUCCUAUUGGAUCAGCACGUUUCUGUCUCCUUCCUGCAGGUAUAACAGACGCUCCCGCACAGCCACGUGCGGCCCCUGUAGCAGCAGUCAGCAGUCCGUGCUCCAACGACCAACUGCUGCCCCUGCCUACCGCCGCACCUACACCUGAUCCUGGCUCCGCCCGGACAAACGACGCUGCACCUGCAGUCGUUGCCGACCGCGCCCCGGAUACCCAGCCGGGUCCCGGCCCUCGACGCUUCGACGGAUUCGUCUACACUCGUCGUUCUGCGCCAGCUCCGACUGCUGAUGCUACUCCUUCACCGCAGGCGCCCGCUGCAACAACGCCCGUUGCUGCACCCGCUGCACCGACGCCUGUUGCUGCUUCUUCGCCUUCAGCAGCCGCAUCUCAGCUCCCACCCGGCGCUGUUCCUGUUCCCCCGGUCGUCAACCAUCACCGCAUGACUACUCGAGCAAAACUGGGGUUUCGACAGCCAGCUCUAUUUCACGCAGCACAACUCUCACCUGUGCCACGGACCUAUCGAGCUGCUCUUGCUGAUCCUCACUGGCGCCAGGCCAUGGAAGAGGAGUUCUCGGCUCUCUUGGGGAACAACACUUGGGAUCUUGUUCCUCGUCCUCCGGCUGCCAAUAUUGUCUCCGGCAAGUGGGUUUUCAAGCACAAGUUCCAUGCUGAUGGUUCUCUUGAGAGGUACAAGGCUCGUUGGGUUCUUUGAGGUUUCUCACAGCGUCAUGGCAUUGAUUUUGACGAGACCUUCAGUCCGGUUGUGAAGCCUGCUACAGUGCGCACUGUGUUGACUCUUGCACUGUCUCGCAACUGGCCUGUUCAUCAGCUCGACGUCAAGAAUGCAUUUCUUCAUGGCACUCUGUCAGAAACAGUAUAUUGCUCCCAGCCUUCUGGUUUUACAGAUUCAGCUCACCCCGACUUCGUCUGCCGGUUGAAUCGUUCUUUAUAUGGUCUCAAACAGGCGCCCCGCGCCUGGUACAGCUGGUUUGCCUCGUUUCUGCUCUCACUUGGUUUUGUGGAGGCUAAAUCUGACACAUCUCUGUUUGUCUACUGUCGCGGCACUGACUUGGUGUAUCUCCUGCUCUAUGUUGAUGACAUUGUGCUCACAGCCUCAUCCACAGCCCUCCUACGGCGCAUCAUUGGAACUCUUCAGCAGGAGUUUUCCAUGAAGGAUCUCGGCGAGCUUCAUCACUUUUUGGGGAUGCAGGUUCAGCGCACUCCGAGUGGCCUGUUCCUCUCUCAGCGGCAGUACAUGGUUGACAUUCUGACUCGCGCUGGCAUGGCCGAAUGCAAGCCUUGCUCCACUCCUGUCGAUGUAAAUCCCAAGCUCUCAGGCACAGAUGGUACUCCAGUCACUGAUCCUACGGAUUUUCGCAGUUUGGCAGGGGCUCUCCAGUACCUGACUUUCACUCGACCAGAUAUUGCUUAUGCUGUUCAGCAGGUCUGCCUUCAUAUGCAUGAUCCCCGCGAGCCCCACCUCGCUGCUCUGAAACGGAUUCUUCGUUAUGUUCGUGGCACUCUCCACCUCGAAUUGUUACUUCGCCCCUCUGCGCAAACUGAGUUGGUGGUCUACUCUGAUGCUGAUUGGGCUGGUUGUCCAGAUACACGCAGGUCUACCUCGGGCUACGCUGUGUUCCUAGGAGACAGUCUUAUCUCCUGGUCUUCCAAGCGACAGAACACUGUCUCCCGCUCCAGUGCCGAGGCUGAAUAUCGUGCUGUCGCUAACGCUGUUGCCGAAGCUACCUGGUUGCGCCAGCUUCUUCUAGAGCUGCAUGCUCCUCUGCAGCGCGCUGCAUUGGUUUACUGUGACAACAUCAGCACUGUCUACAUGUCCUCUAAUCCGGUUCAGCAUCAGCGCACGAAGCACAUUGAGAUUGAUCUUCACUUUGUCCGCGAGCGGGUUGCUCUUGGUACUAUUCGUGUUCUUCACGUCCCUACCACUUCCCAGUACGCCGACAUCUUCACCAAAGGCCUGCCAUCUUCAUUGUUCACUGAGUUCCGGUCCAGUCUGAACGUCCAGGCUUUCGACGCUCCGACUGCGGGGGGGUGUUAGCAGUCUUGACUGCGCCAUGCAGGCAGUCCCUACAGGCUGGUGCCAUCUCUGUCCCUAUCAGCCACAUAAGGACAGCCAUCUGCUGAUUGGUUCUGAUUAGGACAGCUAGAGAUAUGUAGAGAUAUGAGGGGAUCCUGAUUGGUUAUGUUUCUAUAGCUAGAGAUGUGAGGAGAUCAUGAUUGGUUCUGUUUCCAUAAACCACACAGAUCUCCUCCCUAUAUAUAUGUAACCUUUAACCCUCAUAUCAUCAAUCAAUAUUCAGCAGUUCAUCUGCUUUCA